UUGAAGGAGGCUGAGUUUGGGGAAAGUAUCGACGUUCCCGCUUGUCAAUCGGAACCAAGGGGAGCGUAAUUACUUGGAAGACUGGCUGUUCAAACAGUUUUGGUUAACUCUAUGCCUACUUUUGGACCGGUAUCAGUUAUGGAUGUCAAUGUUGAGGAGUAUCACCAUUCUGUUUUAGGAAGAAAUUCGUCUUGGAGAUAAACCUCAGUGUACGUCGAACUUGGCGAUUGUAUCGCUGCUGAAUGUGGCUUUCGUUCCUGCUUUGAAAACGAAAACGUGGGGUUGUCCCUACUCGGGAGGUGUUUACAUACUGUGUAAACAUUUAUACCGGCGAAUAUAAAUGUAAUAUUGUUGUUUGGCGCUCAACUUUCGGCACAUUUUCCAACUCGACAAGGGAAUUCCAGGGGAGUUUGUGCCCUCAAGUGUCGCUGUUGGGAACCACUCUGAGUGGACCGCCGAGAGAGGGAGGAGUGACGGUCUGCUGCUGAAAUUUGCACCACAGACGUCUCCACAAAUCAGAAAAAUAGGGAGAAGAUGAGUGGAGGAGAGGUGGUGCAUUCAGGGUGGUUGAGAAAGUCUCCUCCAGAGAAAAAGUUGAGACGUUAUGCAUGGAAAAAGCGGUGGUUUGUGCUUCGGAGUGGGCGACUGUCCGGGGACCCGGACGUUCUGGAGUACUACAAGAAUGAUCACGCCAAGAAGCCCAUCCGCGUGAUCGACCUGAACCUGUGUGAGCAGGUGGACGCGGGGCUCACCUUUCACAAGAAGGACCUGGAGCACAGUUUCAUCUUUGACAUCAAGACCAUCGACAGGGUCUUCUACCUGGUGGCGGACACCGAGGAGGACAUGAACAAGUGGGUGCGCUGCAUCUGUGACAUCUGCGGCUUCAACCCCACGGACUCCGAUGAUCCGGCCAAGGUGGUGCAGCAGUCGGGCGGUGCAGGUGUGGACAUGCAAUUUGGAUCCUCGAUGGGUCUCGGACCGCUUGCUCAUUCGGCCCUCACCUCUGUGCCUCCUCCUUACCAGCCGGUCAGUGUGAGCCACCUCGACUCCUCCUCCAGCCUCGAUGAACCACAGGACUACCUCUGGCUGGUGAACUGCGAGAGCAAGAAGCCAGAGACUGGCAGCUCACUGAACCCCACACCUCCUCCUCCUCCCCUGCCUCUUCCCCCCUCCUCGCCUGAGGGGGACCAGGAGUAUCUGCUCCUGGAGGAGUGUGAGAGCAGGAGCUCUCUCCACACCAGUCAGUCUCAUGGUGACUGCUCCAAGUCCACAUCCUCUGAGCCUGAUUGCAAUGACAACCUUCCGCUGCACCGCACCCCUCCGACCGCUUGCUCGUCAGCCAAGCACGCACCUGUGAACGGCUUUUUCUCCUCGCAUCCUCCCUCCGCGUCUUCGGCAGCCGCCUUGUACGACUCCCCGCCCUCACGCCACGGCCCCCCAUCCCUGCCCCCCACAGACCCCAGCGGCCUCUACCAACUCCCCCGGAGUCGGUCGCAGGACACGGUAAUGCCCGUUCCAGCUCGAUCCGCGUCGGAGGGGGAGGCCGGCGAGCUGUACGUUUUUCCCACACAGGGCCGCAAGCCGUCACUGGAGGCCCAGAUGCGCAACAUGACGUGCUACGACAUCCCACCCACCCCCGGCAGUGGCUGCUCCGCGUUCCCCUGGAGCUGUGCUGAGCGGGUAACGGCUGUGGAGCCCCUUGUGGGUGGUGGUGAGGUCGUGCCCCCUCCCCGGCCACCCAAACCCUCUCUCUCGUCGUCCAUGGCUACAAUGCCUGCUGGCGGACCACCAGAACGGUCGCCCACGGACACCUACGCUGUGCCACGCUCCAUCUCGGAAACGGAUGGGAACUACUGUGUGCCAACUAGUGCGGGACACAAAGCACUUCGCAGCAACACUAUCGGUCCUAUGGAUUCAACACGUCUACGCAAAGACUGUGGAUCCCAGGACUGCUACGACAUCCCAAGACCAUUUGCAUCAGACAAGAGUGGCUCAUGUGAUUUCAACGAAAGUCUACAUACAUACUUUAAAAGCCAUGGCAUGAUGCCUGUUACAAGUGCCUCCACGGAGGAGUUGGAUGAAAACUACGUACCCAUGAGUGCCAACUCGCCCUCCCAUCGACGCUCGGGCAGCUUGUCAGAGCUCAUCCAGGAACCCAACUAUGUGCCUAUGACCCCAGGCACAGUGGAGUUCUCGUCUCUGGGCAAACAGGUACCUCCGCCAGCCCACAUGGGCUUCCGGUCCAGCCCUAAGACACCGCCACGGAGACAAAUGCCCCUGAAUGAUCCUCCUCCUGUUGACCGGCAGCCACCACCUGUGGACCGUAACCUUAAACCCGACCGCAAAGGUCAGAGCCCUAAGGUAUUAAGAGCUAAGCCAGUCGGUCUUGAGCGAACUGACUCUCAGACCAUAGGUGAAUUCCCAAGACGACGCAAGGCUAAACCAGCCCCUCUGGAGAUUAAACCCUUGCCAGAGAUGGAGGAGUUUCAAGCCCCUGUCCGCUCACCGGUCACUAGGUCUUUCACCAGGGAUCUCUCCAGGUAUCAUCCCAUAGCUCCAAGACCCCCAUCGGUGCAAAGCACUGGCUCCGAUUCCGAUUCCGAGGAGAGUGAUGAGAAUUAUGUACCCAUGCAAACAUCUAGUGCAGACGACCCAGGUUUAAAAUUGAGUGGCCAAAUGAAUGCUGAUGGUGGCAGUAGCCCCAUGGUGUCGCUGAAGGGAGAUAAGCAGGUGGAGUACCUGGAUCUGGACCUGGACCCCGGCAAAUCCACACCUCCAAGGAAGAAAAAGAGCAACGGGACGGGAGCAGCUGUGUCAGACGAGCGCGUGGACUAUGUGGUUGUGGACCAGCAACGGACACUGGCACUCAAGAGCACACGAGAGGCAUGGACCGAUGGCAGACAGUCCACUGAAACAGACACACCGACCAAAGGACCCAAAUAAGCACUUGGCACCUCCACACACAAUCGCCUCAACUCCCCCUCUCAGCCUUCGUUUUCUAUUCCUCCUCCUUCUCCUCCUCCUCCUCCUCCUCCUCCUCCUCCUCCUCCUCCUCCUUCUUUCCUGGCCUUGGAAGCUUCGGAGUGUCAUGGACUUGAAUGCAACUGUUGUCUGUUGCGGUAGAAUCCCUUCCUUCUCCUCCAUUAUGGACAAAAAAAGAGAAAACGGAGACGUAGAGCAUGUUAGUGCCCUGUACAAUAGACUUGUACCCCUUUUUGAGGUUUGAGGCCUGUAGUUUACAUUGCCACUUGUCUGGAGACUGAGCAUGACCUCUAAAGGAUUUGGCGGCAUCCCUGCUUUGUGUUGCUCCACGGGGAGGCUAGUGAGUGGGGAUCUGUGAUUCUGUCUUUUAAAGGGCAACAGGGACCUGAGGGGACUCGGUGGAUCCAAAGGCCUUAAGAACACUUACGCUGGAACCAGUUUAUAUAGUGAAAGAUGUUUUCCUCUUGACAGAUUUCAGUUUUUUAUUAUCUUGCCAAAUGUGACAGCGUGAAUGCCACUGCCAUUGUCCAGAUGCAAAUUGUUAAAAGUGUCACGCACGCACGCACGCACGCACACACACACACACACACACACACAUACACAAACAGGACUGUCCAUACCUUGUGUUCUAAAUGCUUUGCCAUAUUGAAACAUUCUGUAGGUGUACUACCUGAAUUAUAUCAGUAGAAAAACUUUCAACUUCAUGCUAGGUGCAUUCCAAGAAAUAUCCUGAGAAGCUAAUUCUGUACCAAACAAUGACUUCAGAUUUUUAAAAAUGAUUUCUUAACCCUUGGUUUUUUUUUUUUUUUUUUUUUUCCUCGCUUGUUCGUCCAUACAAUGUUUCAAUUCAAACUCCAAUCCACUAAUAAGGCUGUCAUUUCAUUUAGCCCUUUGAUCAGGGCACAAACACAUGAAGACCUGAAGUGGACAAAACCUGGGUGAAGUCAGCUUGACUUAUUAUGGCUUAUUGAAAGCAACAUUAACAUCAUUUCUCUUAUUUGUAAAUCUGAAGGAAUCCCUGCUACAGAUUCACACAGCUGAAAUGCUUCUUCUACUUGGCAGUGGGACAGAAUGCAGAUGGACAGAAUGAUUGCAUUUCUGCAUUUUGUUAUGGUGUGUUUAUUUUUAUUUUUUCAAAAGUGCCCUUGUACUUGUGUUUAUAUCCAGGAUGUUAAAGCUUUUGUGUAGAUUGUUCUGGAUAGAUGUCUGGACCUUUUUGGAGAUGGCUAUCAAGGAACUACACAAGGAUGUAGGUGUGACAUGAGAUUUUGGAAUCAAUAACUGUGACUGCUACUAUUGGAAGCUGCCGCUUUCUGAUAGCUAUGGAAGGUAUCAUACUAAAGAAUAUAAUAAAGAAGUCAGGUACUCAUUUAAUUACUUAACACAGCUAUCCAUUUCUAAUUUAUUUUUUUGUGUUUUCAUCACUUGAUUGAUCUUUUCCUCAUGAUGCGUAUCGCUUUAUAGUGUUUUGUCGUUAAUUUGCAAAAGAUGAUUAUAAAGUAUAGACACUUGAUCAAAUGCUUUUCCAAGAUGCCUUUUUCCCAACACCGUUGUAAGUUGCUCCCACUUUUGUCAUACUUGCUUACAGAUUUAUUUUCUUGCUAUGUCGGAUAAGUUAUUUCACAUGGAUUUCCCACCACUUGCUGAAGACUAAUUGCCUUAUCGAGUGUAUUUGUAUGUUGUAAAUAAGAAUGAUUAUGGUAUUUCAACGUCAUUAUUUCUAACUGUUGGUUUUAUUAACUUUCCACUCUUACGAAGCCCAGUGGUGGGAGUUGCAGAUUAAAUUCUGUGCUCUUUAGGGCUCUGCUGUAAAUAUUGGUGCUUACAUUUUCAAGCAUGUUCUCACUGAAUAAAGUUUAACACACUGAUGCUUA